AUUUUUUUUAUAUAACCUAUCCUUCUGUUCCUUAAUUUCAUUCUCAAUCAGACAUCGAUUAGUAUCAUCAGCAAACAAAUUUAUCCACAUUAGAACUCUAAUCUUGAGAAUUCUAAUCAGUGAAAAAGCUUCAACAUUAGAACUAAUGACAUAUAGAGGAUUUGCUCUGUGUCUAGUUAUGGUCAUGGUGGCCACAAUGUGGACUCAAAAUGCAGCACAAUCAGGUUGCACAAGUGCACUCACUAGCUUGAGCCCUUGCCUCAAUUACAUAACGGGAAGUUCAUCAUCCCCAUCACCUUCAUGUUGCUCGCAGCUCUCAAGUGUUGUUCAAUCUUCACCGCAGUGCCUCUGCUCCCUCCUUAAUGGUGGAGGUUCCUCUUUUGGAAUCACCAUGAAUCAAACUCUUGCUCUGUCUCUCCCUGGCCCUUGUAAAGUGCAAACUCCACCUGUUAGCCAGUGCAAAGCUGGGAAUGGACAAACAACUCCUUCAACUGCUCCAGUGGGCUCUCCAUCUGAUUCAUCAGCUGAAUCACCUCAAGGCUCAAUGACACCUUCUGCUUCAAACUUCCCCUCAGGCGCAGGAUCAAAAACUGUCCCAUCAACAGAGGGUGGAUCAUCUGAUGGAAGCAAUAUUAAAGUCCCCUUUUACUUGGUGCUAUUUGUUCUAGCCAUUGUGUCUUUGGUCACCAAGUUUUGAUUUUGAUAUUUUAGCCUUUAGAGAUUUUAGUGCUGAAAUUUUAUUUAUAGCUUUGGCUGCCAAUUUGCCAUAGAAGAUGUCUGUAUGUAGUUGUUAUAAAUAAAGGAUAUUCAAUGGACGAAUUUGAUAUGAAGUUACUUAUUCAAGCUGGUGUACUACAAUUUUUUUUCCAGUAUAAAUUAGCUAAACUACUUUGUUAUCAGUUGUAAUA